AUAGAUACAAUAUUAAAUAAGAAGUUAAUUUAAAAAACUACUUCAAAUAUGUAACACCCAUAUUCCUCAAAAUAAGUUUGCCAUCAUUAUAAAAUUAGUUGCAGUAAUUAUAUAUAAAUAUAUUAUUAAAAGCAUUAGGUUCUUCCCAUACAUUUGCAGAACAAAUUGGAGUUCUGCACACCAAGUGUCACCCUGGCCAAGCCUGACUGUUGCAUGCUUUGGGGGAGUGAAAUAGUAAUGUAACACAUAGUUUUGGUUGUGUUUCUCUGUGUGUAUGUCUCUCUACAUCUUUAUCUUUACAUCUCAAAUAAGUAUAAUUAAACAAAGAACAUUUUCAUUUCCAUAUGUUCAAAUAUGUUCAAAUUAAUAUGUUCAAAUUUUCUGUUCAAAGUCAUUGAUAAGAAGAUGAAUAUACAGGCCAACAUAGGGAGAAACUUUUUGAAAUUGCAUAUCUAAUAUAACAAUUCUAUCCAGAAAACUAAAAGAGCUCUCAAAAUUCCUUUCUAAGAUAAUAAAAUGACCCAUUUAUCAGGGAAGCUUAAAAUUCACCAUUUCAAACAAGUAGAAAAGCCUUGAGAUCUCUUUAAACAGCAGGUGGGGUGACUUCCUAACAGCCCUGAGAAAGGAAGGCUUGUUGGGACACAUUUUCUGCCUUGGUAUUUUCAUACACAUACAUGACUAUACGAGCGAUACAUGCUUAGGUGAUUUGGGGACACAGUGUGUGGUAUCAGUGCAGGAUCUAUAACUAUAAGACUGGCAGAUGGGUAGGUUGUCCCCACCAGUGGGGGUCUUGUGCCUCAACCUAGCUUAGGCCCCUGGAAGGCAGAGUUCCAAAGAUUCCGUGACGCCCUCCACCUUCUAAUUCUGUGAUGGCAACGGCAGACCGUUAGCUGCCACACAACAGCCAGUCCUAGCAGAGACUGAGCUACAGGCAGUGCCUUCAAUCUAGGCUUUGGCAGUCUUAUCCUUGUUUGUGCAGUGAAGAACUUCCCAGUGUUGUCGGGCUGUGGAUCAGGUGUUUCACAUCACCCCUGUUGUCCUGCUGUGACACACCAUCAGCAUGGCAGGAUCCCACAGCCCUGCAUCAGAUCCCGUGGCAGAACUGAACGACCUCGAGUGCCAGCAAUUGCAAUCCCAGCUGGCAAAGAGCCAACAGGACUACUGGGAGCUCAAGGAGAAGUUUCUCAUAGCUGAGGCUACAAACUUUGCCCUGGCCAAGGAGCUGAAAAAAUACAAUUGUGAGAAGUUUAAAAACAUCAUUGAGUCCAUACUGACCAAGAAGCUCCACUUUGAGGAGCCGCUGGCAGAGAAGCCCACGGUCCCAGAGCUGCUCAGGCAUUGCCGUGGCAUCCUUGAAGAUCAGGACCAAGAACUUUCCCAGUUACGUCCAAAGGUCCAAAGGGGGCGCAAUCUAGCCCACACCCUGCAGCAGUACCUGAAGGAUGUGCUCACCGUGCAUGACCCUGAGACCUGUAAGGGGCAGGGCUUCCGACGACUGCUCACUGAGGCUGUCCGGCUGUCAGCGUGCCUUGAGGACCUGCUUGGAGCAGAAAACAUUGAAGAGGAGGAAACACCAGCACAAGGACCUGUUGCUGACAGUUGCUGA